UCCAAUUUGAUGUAUAUAUAUAGAUAAGAGGCAAGUCAUUGUACCCAGUGAAAACAGUGCAGUAAGUUUAUCUAGAGGACAUAGAUAUAAGAUUUUAUGCAGUUUCUUGUGACAAUUUUGUCUUAAACAAUACAAUAGAUAAAGUGGUACUUAAAAAUGCAUAUUCUUUGAUCAAUUAUUUGAAACAUUUUAGUAAGAUGGCAUCUCGUGCCGUCUUUCUGUUGGUGGCUUUGAUGAUUUUCACAGACUACAGUGUAGCAGACGAUAAGUUUAUCUUUGGUCAAUUCCCAGACGAUUUUCGAUGGGGGAUUACAACAUCCGUUUAUAGAAAUGUCACAAACGGGAACCAAACCGUGGACGAGAUUGUUCAAGCUGACAUAGAUGGACUGAAGUACCUCGGGAUAUCAACGUUCAAGUUGGCCUUAGACUGGAACUACCUUGUAGGUGAUAGACCUGGCAACGGAUUAGAUGAAGACGCAAUCCUAUUUUACAUAUCUUUGGUGGAUCAACUUCAACAAAAUGGAAUAGAACCACAUAUCACUUUACUUGAGGAUGCAGGUGAAUGGUCAAAUGCGGCCAGCGUUGAUGCUGCAUGUUCAGGGGCUAAAGUUAUAUUAGAUCGAUUAGGUUCAAAGGUUACCAUUUGGAGCACGUUUUCUGAUCCUAUAUCAGUUGUCAAGGAGAGGUAUACAGACAAAUCUAGUUUAUACAACGCCGUGCACAAUAUGUUAAAAGCUCAUGCAUGCAUCUUUCAUGCGUACAAUACAACUGGAGGCAAGGGUAAAAUUGGCUUAGAUUUGAAAGGAAGUUGGUACGAACCGGAUUAUCCAUCGGAACCGGAAGUGAACCAGACGCUAGACGCAGUGUUCCAGUUUAACUUUGGAUGGAUAGCUGAGGUUCUUAAUACAGGGGAUUAUCCGGAAGUAAUGAAAUCGAAGGUCGGCAAUAUGCUACCAACAUUCACUGCUAAGGAAAAGUCUAAUCUAAUAAACUCCAUUGAUUUUCUUGGAAUCGGAUAUUACGGGUCAUACCUUGUAGCGAAAGAUGACAGACCCGAAAGUGAAACCGGUUUCAUUCAAAGAGAAAAUCCACUGUGGAAAAAGCGAGAUGAUCCGGUGCUAUACAUGUAUCCAAAAGGUUUAAGACUUCUCCUAGGACAGCUCAGUAAAAAAUACCCUGGUAUAGACCUUUAUAUAACUGAUACGGGUGUAGAGGAUGUCGCUGACGGCGUUCGUGAUAAGAUAAGAGUGGAAUGGAUCAGAGAACACGCUAAUGAAGUCCUUAAAGCAAUAAAACAAGAUGAGUUGCGUAAUAUCAAAGGCUUCUAUAUUAGGACGCUUGUGGAUGAUUUACCAACCCCAGUUGAGGAGAGGAGGAACUCUGGAUUGUUUGAACUCAAACAAGACGGCAUUGCAAGAUCAAAGAAAUCUUCAGCGGUGUAUUAUAAACAAAUUAUCACUGACAAUGGUUUUGAGAGGGGGUACAAUGGUCCGGGAGGUUUUCCCAGCGGUCCAGUAGAGCACGAGGAUGGCAUAUACUACUGCGACUUUCCCGCGGAUUUUGCCUGGAGUUCAGCAACGUCAGCCUAUCAGGUGGAGGGCGGAUAUAACGAGGACGGGAAAGGUGAGAGUAUAUGGGAUGUUCAUGCUAACACACCAGGUGCUAUUACUAACGAUGAUAAUGGAAAUAUAGCAUGUGACAGUUACCAUAAAUAUAUGGAAGAUGUAAAGAUUCUAAAAGAUUUAGGGACUAAAUACUAUCGGUUUUCAAUAGCAUGGUCAAGAAUUUUACCUGAUGGAACAACAAAUAAGAUCAAUGAGAAAGGAGUAGAAUAUUACCGUAAUCUAACCAAGGCCCUUAAAGACGCAGGUAUUGAACCAAUGGUAACAUUGUAUCACUGGGACUUACCCGUCAGCCUCAACAAGACGGGAGGAUGGUUGAAUGAAAGUAUAGUUGACGCUUUUGCUGAAUAUGCCAGAAUUUGCUUUGAAAAAUUCUCCGAUAAUGUUAAAUAUUGGAUUACGUUUAAUGAGCCCAAAAUAAUAGGUCAAAUGGGUUACGCAGAUGGUUCUUUCCCGCCAAAUAUACAUUCGGCAGACGUUGGGGGUUACAUUGCUGCUCACAAUAUCAUUAAAUCGCACGCAAAGGCAUACAGACUUUACGAAAAGGAAUUCAAAAAUAAGCACAAACUGAAAGGUAAAAUUGGGUUCACUGUAAGUGUGGGAUGGUCGGAACCCUAUGAUAUGUACAACCCAGAUGACCUUGAAGCUUCAGAUAGGGCCAUUGCCUUCAGUUUUGGAUGGUACGCCCAUCCGAUCUACAUCAACGGGGAUUAUCCGGAGGUUAUGAAAAAAACCAUCCACGAGAAAAGCAUCCUUCAAGGUUAUAAUAAAUCAAGGUUACCUGAAUUUACUGACGACGAGAAGAGAGAAAUAAAUGGUACUUUUGAUUUCUUUGGAUUAAAUCAUUAUUCAUCUGGCUACGUAACAUCUGAUAAGAAGACCGACUUGAAAGCCGCUAAUUAUUAUGACGAUCAAGACAAACGCGAUAUAAGUGACCCAACAUGGAUCGGGUCUGGUUCAAGCUGGCUUAAGGUUGUACCAUUUGGUUUGAGGAAGAUCUUAAACUGGAUAAAAACACAUUACAAUAACGUUGAUGUUUAUGUAACAGAGAAUGGAGUAUCUGAUAGAAAUGCUACUUUACGUGACUAUCAUAGAAUACACUUUUAUAGAACAUAUAUCAACGAAAUGCUGAAAGCAAUAAAUCUUGAUGGCUGUAAUGUGAAAGGAUAUACAGCAUGGUCGCUGAUGGACAAUUUUGAAUGGAACGUUGGUUAUACUGAGAAAUUUGGUAUUCAUUAUGUCAACUUUAGUGACCCCGAAAGACAAAGAAUUCCAAAGGGGUCAGCAUAUUGGUACAGACAGCUUAUUGACGAAAAUGGGUACAAACCUGGAUAUCCAGCUCUUGGUGGACGAGGGACAGCUCCUGAUUUCGUUGGAAAAUUUUACUACGAUAAAUUCCAGGAAGAUUUUGAAUGGGGCGUGGCUUCGGCUGCUUAUCUGACGGAAGGUGGAAAUGAAAAUGAUGGUCGUGGUAAGAAUAUAUGGUACAAACAGACGAACGGUGAGCUCAGAACUGCUAAUAGUUACAACAAAUAUAAAGAAGAUGUCCAACUUUUAAGACAUCUUAAUGUGGACACAUACCACUUCUCCGUCUCGUGGUCGAGAAUAUACCCUAAUGGUACAAAGCCUGUAAAUUCAGCUGGUGUUCAGUACUAUAAAGACCUAAUAAAAGAACUGAAGAAAUGGAAUAUAAAACCCGUGGUUACAUUAUAUAAUUACUGGGAACUUCCACAGACACUGCAAGAUCAAGGCGGUUGGCAGAAUGACAAAAUUCUUAGGCAAUUUGUUGACUUUGCCGACACAUGUUUUAAAGAAUUUGGAUCUGAUGUGUCUAUGUGGAUAACUGUAAACGAUCCAUUCCGCAUUAGUACUGUUGACAUCGGUGAUGACAGUAACAAUUAUGAGCCAGGGGUUACCAACUUCAUCACAGCUCACAAUCUUUUAAUCGCGCAUGCUAGGGUGUAUCAUUUGUACCAACAAAAAUAUGCCACUCAACAGAAGGGUAAAGUUGGUAUUGCUCUAGACGUUGAAUGGCGUGAACCGCAAGAUGAGUUUUCACCUUCAGACUUGACCGCUUCAGAGACCGCUAUGAUGUUUAAUCUGGGCUGGUUCGCGGAUCCUAUAUUUGGUGGCAAUGACUAUCCUAUGGUUAUGAAAGACAAAGUUUGCAACAGAAGUAAAAACCACGAUUCAGAAUGUAGACUUCCGUCAUUGACAGACGAGGAAAAGAUUAAUUUAAAUGGAUCUGCGGACUUUUUCGGUGUUAAUAUCAAACCUGCUCAGUUAUGUACAAGCCACGUGUACCGGUCAAAUGAACUAGAACUGUGGUCUGACAGUGGAGUGUUGUGCAAACCAGAUUUGCAUUGGAACGAGGAAGGUUCUUUAGUGCGAAAGGACAGUCCAUGGGCAAUGCGAAAAACUUUGAACUGGAUCAAAAGUCACUAUGGAGAUGUUCCAAUUUACGUCACAUCAAAUGGUGUAUCAGACACUACAGGGAAACUAAAUGACACGGAAAGAGUUAACUUUCAUAAGGAAUACAUCGAUGAAAUGUUGAAAGCUGCCAAACUUGAUGGUGUGAAUGUUAAAGGCUAUACAGCUUGGUCAUUGUUGGAUUACGAGGAGAAUUUUUACAAUAUAACACAAUACAAUGGUUUAUACAGCGUUGACUUUAUAAAUGAAACUAGAACAAGAACACCAAAAGCAUCGGCAAUGUUAUACAGAAAUAUAAUCUACAAUAAUGGAUUCAGAGAAGAUGAUUUAGAUGUAUUUAUACCUGAAGAGCACGAGUUCUUGGAAGAGAAUUUUCCUGAUGACUUUGUUUGGAGUGCUGCAACUGCAGCCUACCAGGUGGAGGGAGGUUGGAAUGAAGGAGGCCGAGGAAAAAGUAUCUGGGACACAUUCUCUCAAAAGCCGGGGAACGUGGACAAUAAUGAAACUGGCAACGAUGCGUGUAUGAGCUAUAAGUAUUACGAAAAGGAUGUUAAAAUUCUCCAAGCUCUUGGUGUGAGUCAUUAUCGUUUCUCGAUUUCUUGGCCACGUAUAUUUCCGAAUGGUUAUGGAGAUAAGCCCAACCAGGAGGGUAUUGAUUACUAUAAUAGGCUUAUAAACGCCCUGAUAAAAGCUGGUAUUACACCAAUGACAACCCUGUAUCACUGGGAUCUCCCACAAGCACUAGAAGACUACGAUGGCUGGAGGAACGAAACAACGGCUGAUCAUUUUGCAGAAUAUGCUGAUGCCUGCUUUAAUGCAUUUGGAGAUAGGGUAAAAUUCUGGAUAACACUGAACGAACCAUGGGUAGUAUCUUUACUUGGACACGAAUACGCUGCCAUGGCACCAGGACUGAAAACAAGUGGUACAGCCAUAUACAAAGUCUCAAGAACACUUAUCUUAGCACAUGCUAAGGCCUAUCGUGUGUAUGAAAAGAAAUACAGAUCUACACAACACGGACAAGUUGGUAUUACCAUGAACUGUGAUUGGUGGGUACCAAAGAACCCAUUUGACCCGGAUGACAAAAACGCUGCUGAGAGAGGUCUUCAGUUCCACCUGGGUUGGUUCGCACAUCCUAUUUAUGUUAAUGGCGACUACCCAGAAAUCAUGAAAGAACAGAUUGAUAGAAGAAGUAAAGUUGAAGGACUGAACGAAUCUAGACUUCCGCCGUUUUCAGAAGAAGAGAAACGUUUAGUUAAUGGUUCGUUUGAUUUCUUCGGUCUCAACCAUUAUACCUCUGUCUGGGUAUCACAUCACAUGUGUAAUGACUCCGACACCUCAUAUAAUUGUGAUAGAGAACUUGAAGAAGAUAAAGAUCCUAAAUGGCUGGCGUCGGGUUCUGAUUGGUUGAAAGUGACACCCUGGGGUAUACGACGAAUGUUGAACUGGAUAAAGGAUCAGUACGGAGAUGUUCCUAUUUAUAUCACUGAAAAUGGAAUCUCUGACAAGAAUGGUUCGCUUAAUGACCAACAUAGAAUAUAUUUCUAUAAAAACUACAUUAACAAUGUUUUAAAAGCUAUCAAAUUAGAUGGAUGUAAUGUGAAAGGGUAUACAGCAUGGUCGUUGAUGGAUAAUUUCGAAUGGGCUAGAGGAUAUUCGGAAAGGUUUGGGCUUCAUUUUGUGAACUUUACUGAUCCUGACAGGACAAGGACACCAAAAGCCUCAGCACUUUGGUACAGAAAUUUAGUGGAACGUCAUGGAUUUGUACCUGAUUCAAGACUACAAUACCAGAACAAGAUGUUGUACGGACAAUUCCCUGAAGAUUUUGUUUGGGCUGCGGCAACUGCGGCAUACCAAAUAGAAGGUGGCUGGAAUGAAGGAGGUCGAGGCCAAAGCAUCUGGGAUGUAUUCUCCCAUAAGCCUGGAAAUGUUGUUGGAAAUAACAACGGGGACAAAACUGCCGACAGUUAUCACAAAUACGCGGAGGACAUCAAUCUUCUUAGAGCAUUAAAGGUGACACAUUAUCGUUUCUCUAUAUCUUGGCCGAGAAUAUUACCUAAUGGCUAUGGUCGACCUAAUCCUGAGGGCAUCGAAUACUAUAACAAAGUGAUUAACAUGCUUCUUGCUGCAAAUAUCGUUCCAAUGGUAACGUUGUAUCACUGGGACCUUCCUCAAGCUAUACAGCAACAGUACGGGGGUUGGGUAAACAUGACAACAGCUGAUUUGUUCAAAGAGUAUGCAGACGUUUGCUUCAAGGAAUUCGGUGACCGGGUUAAAAUAUGGAUUACAAUAAAUGAGCCAUGGGUAAUUUCGUUUAAAGGAUAUGGUAACCGUGAAAUGGCCCCAGGUAUAGCUAAAACUGGAACACUAGAUUAUCAAGCAAGUCACACACUAAUACUGGCACACGCAAAGGCAUACAGACUUUAUGAGACGAAAUACAAACCUACACAAAACGGAACUGUUGGCAUAACUCUUAAUUGUGACGCAGCAAUUCCGAAGAAUCCGAAUUGCACACUUGACCACGAGGCUGCCGAUAGACGGACUCAGUUCCAUUUAGGCUGGUUCGCACAUCCUGUCUUCGUCGAUGGCGAUUAUCCUACAGUAAUGAGACAGUAUGUUGAUAGGAAGAGUGACCAGGGUCAUUCACGUUUGCCGAGAUUUACUGAAGAUGAAAAAGCAAUGAUCAAAGGAUCGUCUGAUUUCUUUGGGUUAAACCAGUAUACUGCUGUACGAGUUGCGGACGCCGAGGAAGCAGACGAACGGACCUAUUAUUCAGACAUGAGUGUGAAACAAGACGUAGAUCCAAGUUGGCCAUCUUCUGGUUCGGAAUGGCUUUACGUGACUCCAUUUUCAAUUCGCACAAUGUUGAAUUGGAUCAAGAAGGAAUACGAUGAUGUUCCAAUUUAUAUAACAGAAAAUGGACUCUCGGAUAAUAACGGGACUAUAGAGGACUAUCAUAGAGUCAACUAUCUUAAUAAUUACAUCAAUGAAGUUUUAAAAGCAAUUCAGCUUGACAAAGUAAAUGUCAAAGGUUACACGAUGUGGUCUUUACUCGAUAACUUCGAGUGGUCGAGAGGUUAUUCAGAAAUAUUCGGUAUACAUUACGUCAAUUUCUCGGACCCUCAACGGCCAAGAACGCCUAAGCUUUCCGCAAGUGCAUUUCGGGAAAUAAUACUACGGAAUGGAUUCCCGCAACAUCCAGUAAACCAGACCUGGCUAUACCAAGGCGACUUCCUUUUUGGCACUUUUCCAGAAAACUUUGCUUGGAGCGUUGCCACUGCAGCGUAUCAGGUUGAAGGAGGUUGGAACAAAGAUGGAAAGGGAGUCAGCAUUUGGGAUACAUUUUCACACACCGACAGGAUUAAAAAUGGCGACACUGGAGACAUCGCUUGCGACACAUACCACAAAUAUUUGUCUGAUAUAACACUGCUGAAGAAUCUAAAGAUCUCACACUACCGGUUUUCAGUGUCGUGGACAAGAAUUCUUCCCGAUGGUACAAACAAAACAAUCAACAAAGCCGGUAUUGCUUAUUACAAUGAUUUAAUUGAUGCUAUUCUUGACGCUGGUAUUGUUCCCAUGGUAACCAUAUACCACUGGGAUUUGCCUCAAGUUCUCGAAGAUGAUGGUGGUUGGACGAAUGACAAUAUUGUUGACAUAUUCGUUGACUAUGCUAAAGUGCUGUUUGAUAACUUUGGAGAUAGGGUCAAAUUCUGGAUAACACAUAAUGAACCUUGGGUGGCAGCUCACCAUGGAUACGAGACUGGAGCGCAUGCGCCCGGUAGGAAAGGUCAAGGUUACAAAGCGGGUCAUAACUUACUGCGGUCACACGCUAAAGUAUAUCGACUCUAUGAAAAAGAGUACAAGCCAUCACAGAAAGGCCAGGUUGGAAUCACAUUAAGUCACAUGUGGGGUGAACCACGUGACAACCAGAGUCUAGCUGACAUAGAAGCCGCUGAGAGGUUUAACCAGUUUAGUCUAGGUUGGUUUGCUAAUCCCAUAUAUGGAAAUGGUGAUUACCCGGAUGUUAUGAAAUGGCAAAUUGGUAACAAGAGUUUAGAAGAAGGAUUGACGCAGUCUAGAUUACCUGAAUUUACAGCUUCUGAAAAGGAGACCAUUAAAGGCAGUGCCGAUUUUCUAGGAUAUAACCUGUAUACUUCCGCCUUGAUAAAGGCAAAUGUGAACCCCUUACACCCAGCUAGCUAUGAAAGCGACCUUGACCUCAUAGAAAGUGAAGACCCUUCAUGGCUGAAGUCAGGUUCAGAAUGGCUUCGCGUGACACCUUGGGGAUUACGUCGAGGUUUAAACUGGAUCAAGUCAAAUUAUAAUAAUUUCCCAGUCUACAUUACUGAAAACGGUGUCUCUGACAACACUGGUACAACUUCCGACCAGCAUAGAAUCGAUUAUUAUAGACAAUAUAUCAACGAAGUUCUUAAAGCUAUACAACUGGACGGAUGUGACGUCAGGGGUUACACAGCAUGGUCAUUCCUUGACAAUUUUGAAUGGAUGGAAGGAUAUUCGGAACAUUUUGGUCUGCAUGCUGUUAACUUCUCGGACCCAGAAAGGAAGAGAACGCCGAAGUUAUCCGCUUCAUAUUUCACCUCAAUUGUUGAAAACAAUGGCUUUUUUAAACCUGGACAAGGGGGCGGAGUUUCCACAACAGUGUCAAGUGUCACCAAAGUACCACAAGUUAUCGAAUUUGAGGAAAAGGAUAAAAAUAAAGACGUUUCUUCCAAGUCAACUAUUAAUAAAUUAAAUGUUGAAUACGUGACUUUAAUAUGUGUUAUGACUCUUGAAAUGUGUGUAACACAACUGUAUUGGCUUAUUUAGUCAAUGAUUAUUGACUUUAAAUACCCAUGUAGUUUGCCUUUAAGGAAUGUUCAGUCUGUCACAAUUAUUUCAUAUGAUGAGAUGCUAUGUCAGUUUUCCAUUAUUCUGUAUGAUAUACUGUAAAGAUAUUUUAUUUGGGUUCUUUCCCCUGAUUAAUAUGAGAUGCAAGUAAUGUUUAUAUGGUGGGUAGAACUUAUAUUGUCUUCUUUUUCAAUAUCCUUUAUGGUGAGUUAUAAUUACAAUUUCUGUUUCCAUUGUCUACAUGAUAUAUAAGAAUUAUUCUGCUUGUUUACUCUGUUCCAUAUGAUAUACAAGAAACGUUUUUUUCUUCUUUUCUUUAAUAUAAUGCCUCAUUUUCCUUUCUUUUAUAUGAUAUACAAAUGUAUAUGAACUAUAUCUACUUCCAUUCUUUUUCUUGACCAGUUAGAAAUAUAACGACUAUUUCCCUUCCGCCACUUGUCGCUUAAAGAACAUUACUGUAUAGAUAUUGCCAUUUGACAUUUGCAUACAAUUUUUUCCUUUUGCAUAAUAAUCGCGCGAUUAUGUGUGAUCACACUCGUGCUUAUAUAUCAAACUGUAUUUUGAGUCAGAUCGGUUUAUAACUCGUUCACAUAGCAAACCGUCCAAUUUAGUUAUAACAUUAACACUACUACGACAUUUAUAAUAUUUGUUGAAUAGAUUAUUAUCAUGACAUUAUCGUUAGUAUACAUAUAUACUUGUGAAAAAUGUUAUCAUAACUAAUCAUAAUUAUUUUGUAUUUAUUGCAAUUCACAUGACAUAGAAGACGAAUAUCAUUUUAACAUCACACUAAUAAUUAAACUUACAAUUCUACUAUAAAUGUAACAGAAGUCUAUAUGGUCGACUCAUCGCGCGUGUAAAGUAAAACGAUAAUUGGUGGUAUCGAUUAAUCGCAAUUGAAAAAGGCACGAUAAUCAGCAGUAUCAAUUUAUCGCGAUUUCAGAAGAAGCGAACAAAGAUAGUAUUGACAAAUCUCGUUGGCAAGAGACACACUAAUCGAAAGUAACGUAUGACGAAAGAGUGCAAUUAUAAAGGUCUCUACAAUUGAUAGUAAAAUGAAACUAUCGAAAAAAUCGUUUAGAUUUGUCGCAGGUAUCCGGUAUUUGGCAAAUUUGCGAGGAAAAAAAAAGAAGCGAUAAAACAUAUAUUGCCGUAUUUUACCUUUAUCGAUUAUUAUUAUUAUUAUUAUUGCAACCGAAUACGUCAUUUGUCAAAUACCUAGUGUUGUGUUCUAAACAGGGGGAUGUUGUUUAAUUUUAAUAUUGAUAAAUCCGUCUAUAUUGUAUGUGUUGACUCUUUGUACAAGAAAUUUACUUUAAUCAAAAUGCUUUGAAAUGCUUUAGAUGUUUGCCGACAAUACAUAUAAGCAGUUAUUUUUUUUUUUAUCUUUUUAAGAAUACAUGUACAUUUGUAUAUAUUAAAAUCUAAACAUUU